AUGCAUACCACUACUCUUCUCCUUCUCCUCACCUCUCUAGCCAGCGUCUCCCUUGCCAGUACUACUACAAAUAAUGCCGGAAACGGCAACUGGUGGUGCAGCCUCGCCAAAGACGAAGGAUUCCCACAGAAGCCGUACUGCUGCGACGAUUCGCGAGUGGAGCAGUGGCCCAAUGGGAUGACUGUUGCUGAUAGCUGUACCCCCGCUCCAGAAGCGAAGCAACCCUGUCCGCAGGCUAAUGAUGUGUGGUGUUGUUAUGUUUUGGACGACAACAAUAAAUGGGGAUGCACGUCUGUGGCUGAGUGGAAGACUUGA